GUCAUAGUGCUCCUGUCAGGGAAAUAAUAUAAAAGGGCCUGUGAGUCUGUUAAAAAGGCUUAAGCUGCAGGUCCUCCUCCAGUCCUCCAACGAUGGGAAAGAUUAUCUUUUACGAAGGCUACAACUUCCAGGGCCGCCACUAUGAGUGCAAUGGCGACUGUGCUGACACCUUUAGACACUUCAACUGCUGCAACUCCAUCCGUGUAACUGGGGGUCACUGGGUGGCCUAUGAGAAGCCAAACUUUAUGGGCUACCAGUACAUCCUGAACCAAGGAGAGUACCCUGACUAUCAUCGCUGGAUGGGCUUCAACAACUGUAUUCGCUCCUGCCAGAUGUUCCCUCCGCACAGAGGAUCUUACAGGAUGAGGAUCUACAACAGACCUGAAAUGACCGGCCACAUGAUGGAGUUCAUGGACGACUGCCCUAAUGUUUACAACCGUUUCCGUCACCACAACAUCUUCUCCUCGAACAUUAUGGAGGGUUACUGGGCCUUCUAUGAGCACCCCAAUUACUGCGGACGCCAGUACUUCCUGCGCCCUGGUGAAUAUAGGGCUUGCAGUGACUGGGGCUGCCAUAACCCCAUGGUUGGCUCUUUUAGAAGGAUGAGGAGUGUCAUGUAAACCCUACAUCUCUGUAGAUUAAAAACAAUUUACUAAACAA